UCUAUCUCUCUCUCGCAGUGCCAAUGCAUCCCCGGAUACGAGCUCCUCACUGAGAACGGCGUUACUGACUGCUUUCCGUGCAAGUACAACUAUUACAAGAACAUAACCAGCAACGAGCUGUGUCUUCAAUGCCCUAACAAUAGCUACACCGUAUCCACUGCCACCAACUCGUUCGAGUUUUGCAUCUGCACCAACGGAUACUAUGGCACUGCUCCCUGCACCAAGUGCGACUUUGGUUACUACUCCAACUUCAACGAGAUCGAUAUGGAGUGCAAGGCGUGCCCUUUGAACUCUUACACCCUCAACAGGAGCUCUACCAACGUCAGCGACUGCCUCUGCCUCCCGGGAUUCUACUCCUCCACCGGCAUUGGUCCUUGCUCGCCCUGUCCGCUAAAGACCUACCAGCCGAGCUACGGCAGCACGACCUGCAUUGCUUGCAGUCAAAACACCGUGACACUCUCUGUUGGAUCGAGUGCCAUUUACGAUUGCAAAUGCAUUGAGGGUUACGAGGGCGACGGCACAUUAUGCCUCCCUUGCCCUUACAACUCCUACAAGAGCAUCAUCAACAACUCGGCUUGCGUCACAUGCCCCAUCAACUCCUUCACCAAUAGAAGCCUUGUCAAUCUCAUCUCUAGCAGUGUCGUCAACUGCAUCUGCGCCCCUGGCUAC